CUCCAUGAUUGCUGUCUGUCUCUGCCCUCUGCCGCGACACCGGCUGGCUCAACGGUUUCUCAUGCCGUGCUCGCCACCAUCAGGAAGACGCAGAAUACCAAAAAGGUGGGGAACGUUAUCACGGGAAUGUGGUGGUACUCGCCGUGCGUUGACACCAAGACCAGCUCCAGGUCACAAAUGUCUUCUGCGAUGGACAAGCCCACACCAAGAAGUACUGCCAGGAAGAGAGGCAGCGGGACCACCACCUGAUACGAUGCAUGAGACAGAGCGAGACGGAGGUAGACAUCCAUACAAGGCUCUUCUCGCCUCCCAAUUCCCCUCACCCACUCACGUCGGGCAGGCAGGGAAGAGCCACACCAGAUGUGUGCUCCUUGCUUGCGAAGGCCAUCAUCCGCGCGAUGUACAAGAAGGCGAUCCACGGCAGCAUCACGCCGUGUGUCAGGUAGCAGGGAAUCACUGCGUGGCCUGAUGUAAGGAGGAAGGCACGAGAAGGCAAGGGACGCUCGCGCAUGUGCCUCGUCUGUAACUCAGUGCAUUCUCAGCUACCCGUCAGAGAUCGGCAAUUGACCGUCAGCGCAGCUCCAGCCACUGCGGUCAGCACGCAAACCAGCGCGAGUACCAGCAGCAGAAACGGAGAGAAGCCUGCAGACACAUCCAGACAAGCAGACCAGCACAUCGUAAGACUCACCAUCACACAACACACACAAGACAUUGGAAGCACGAGGCUCACCAUAUUGGCCGACCGGCUGGAUUGGGAAGACGGCGCAGAGUAUGCCACAGGCGAUGCCCUCAGCUAAUGCCCCCUUGGGAAGACGUCGCCACAAGGACGAUGGAACGAAGGGCCCGCUGUGUUUCAGAAGGCAAUGCCAGUCAUCAGGUGGUUGCUUCCCUUCUCUCCUCUCCUCUCCUCUCGACUGCCUACUCGAUCUGCACAUGGUUGAUAGACGCGCACACCGCCCAGCAGAUCAGCGCCCUGCAAAGGAGGCCAUCGAAGCCGUCAUUGCUUGCCACGCGCGGACAUCGCUCACACACACAUACAGGUAGGGGUGCGACGUGCAGACGCUUUGCAAGGUGUGCGAAGCCGUGAAGGGCAGCGCAAUCAGCACCGCAAGCACGGGCUGCAGCAGCAAGAUGCAGCUGCGAACACACAGCACAGAUCAGAACCCAAACUCGAGUCAAACUCGGUGCCAAGAUUUCUCACCUGUAAACCAUCGGAUGGAGCUCGCGAUUGGUGGCCUUCAUGCCGUCGACCUCCCGCCACAAACACCUUCAAGCUUCGAGCAAAAGGCCGCAGGAAU